AUGGGAGAAAAGGUUCAGGAAGCCUUGAUAAGAAUGACACACUAUUUGGAAACAAGGAGAAAGCCAGGUUCUGGCCUAAACGAUGGACAAUGGCAUGAAGUUCGUUUCCUAGCCAAGGAAAAUUUCGCUGUUCUCACCAUUGAUGGUGAUGAAGCAUCAGCAGUUCGAACUAACAGCCCUCUUCAAGUUAAAACAGGGGAAAAGUAUUUCUUAGGAGGUUUUCUUACACAGAUGAAUACCUCAGAUCACUCUGUACUUCAGGCUUCAUUCCAAGGGUGUAUGCAGCUUAUCCAAGUGGAUGAUCAGCUGGUCAAUUUACAUGAAAUAGAACAAAGAAAGCCUGGUAGCUUCGCUAAUGUCAGUAUUGACAUGUGUGCCAUUAUAGACAGAUGUGUGCCCAAUCACUGUGAGCAUGGUGGUAAAUGCUCCCAAACCUGGGACAGCUUCAAGUGCACUUGUGAUGGGACAGGAUACAGCGGGGCCACCUGCCAUAACUCUAUCUAUGAACUCUCCUGUGAAGCUUAUAAACACCUCGGCAAAACCUCAAAUUUUUACUGGAUCGAUCCUGAUGGCAGUGGGGCUCUGGGACCUCUGAAAGUUUACUGCAACAUGACAGAAGAUAAAGUGUGGUCAACUGUAAAUCAUGACUUGCAGAAGCAGACUCCUGUGGUUGGCUAUGGCCCAGAAAAAUACUCGGUGGUACAGCUCAAUUACAGUGCCUCCAUGGAUCAAAUCACGGCCAUCACCAGCAGCGCAGAGUAUUGUGAGCAGUUCGUCUCCUAUUCCUGCAGGAUGUCAAGGUUGUUGAACACCCCAGAUGGAAGCCCUUACACCUGGUGGGUUGGGAAAGCCAAUGAAAAGCAUUACUACUGGGGUGGUUCCGGACCUGGAAUUCAGAAAUGUGCGUGUGGCAUUGAACGUAACUGUACCGAUUCAAGAUACUACUGUAACUGUGAUGCUGACCACAAACAGUGGAGAAAGGAUGUUGGUUUGUUAUCCUACAAAGAUCAUUUGCCUGUGAGCCAGGUGGUAAUUGGUGACACUGACCGACCUGGAUCUGAAGCCAAACUGACCGUAGGCCCUGUACGCUGCCAAGGAGACCGGAACUACUGGAAUGCUGCUUCAUUCUUUACACCAUCAUCCUACCUUUACUUCUCCACUUUCCAAGGGGAAACAAGUGCUGACAUUUCUUUCUACUUCAAAACUUCAGCUGCUGAUGGAGUGUUUCUGGAGAAUCUGGGGAAUACAGAUUUCAUCAAACUUGAGCUGAAAUCUGCUACCGAAGUGUCCUUCUCCUUUGAUGUUGGAAAUGGGCCAGUGGAGAUUGUCGUUAGGUCUCCCUCCCCACUCAAUGAUGACCAGUGGCACCGGGUCAUUGCUGAGAGAAACGUCAAGCAGGCAAGUCUGCAGGUGGACCAGUUGCCACAGCAGGUGCGAAAGGCUCCUACAGAAGGUCACACACGCCUAGAGCUUUACAGCCAGCUGUAUGUGGGUGCUGCAGGAGGCCAGAGGGGAUUUCUAGGGUGCAUUCGCUCCCUCAGGAUGAAUGGGGUAACUCUUGAUUUGGAAGAAAGAGCAAAAGUUACUCUAGGAGUGAAACCUGGGUGCUCAGGCCAUUGCACCAGCUACGGAAUGUACUGUGAAAAUGGAGGCAAAUGUGUGGAGAAGUAUAAUGGUUAUUCCUGUGAUUGCUCCAAGACUGCCUAUGAUGGACCGUUUUGCAUAAAAGACGUUGGAGCUUUUUUUGAAGAGGGAAUGUGGCUACGGUAUAACUUCCAAGCAGCAGUGGCCAAAGAUGCUACCAGUCGAAGUGGGAACUCGGCUGACUCCCAGAAUGCCACACCAGACCUGGCCAAGGAAGAACUCAGUUUUAGCUUCAGCACCACCAAGGCUCCCUGCAUCCUCCUCUACAUCAGUUCUCACACUACAGACUUCCUGGCCGUUCUGGUUAAACCUUCUGGAAACUUACAGAUUCGAUACAACCUGGGAGGCACCAGAGAACCAUAUAAUAUUGAUGUAGACCACCAAAACAUGGCAAAUGGACAGCCUCACAGUGUUAACAUCACCCGUAAUGAAAAGGACAUAAUUCUCCAGCUUGAUCAUUACUCUCCAGUGAGCUACAGCCUGCCAAGUUCAUCCGACACACUGUUCAAUUCUCCUAAGUCUCUCUUUCUAGGAAAAGUGAUAGAAACAGGGAAGAUUGAUCAAGAGAUACACAAGUACAACACACCGGGAUUCACCGGGUGUCUCUCCAGAGUACAAUUCAACCAGAUUGCUCCUCUCAAGGCAGCCUUGAGACCCACAAACGCCUCUUCUCAAGUCCAUAUUCAAGGGGAGCUGGUGGAGUCCAACUGCGGAGCUUCCCCACUGACCAUCCCACCCAUGUCUGCUGCCACUGAUCCUUGGCACUUAGAUUCAGCCAGUGCUGACUUUCCAUACAAUGCAGGACAAGCUAUAAGAGAUGGAGUUAACAGAAAUUCGGCAAUUAUUGGAGGGGUCAUUGCUGUGGUGAUCUUCACCAUCCUCUGCACCUUAGUGUUCCUCAUUCGCUACAUGUUCCGUCACAAGGGCACCUACCACACCAAUGAAGCCAAGGGAGCAGAGUCUGCUGAGAGUGCCGAUGCCGCCAUCAUGAACCAUGACCCAAACUUCACGGAGACCAUUGAUGAGAGCAAAAAAGAGUGGCUUAUCUGAAGGAGAGAGCUAGGGCUUGGCAAUGGGGCGGGGGGAGGGGAGAGGGAAGGAAAGUGGGGAUACGCAGGGAAGAGGGCACAAGGGGGACCUCAAAGGAGGGGGAAAGCACUCUGCUUCGGACUCUUGAGCACAUCUUUAAAAGAUCAGCACAACGCGGGGAAGCAAGACACAAAAUCCUUGGGACUGGAAAACAAAAAGAUGUUUAAAAAUGAGAACUUUUUAAUAUUCAUUCACAGAUCUGUCUCUCCUUCUGUAUCCAAACAAAACAAUGAGAAGAAAAUGCUUUUAGAGUUUCCACAUUGGUUAAAACCUGUCAGUAAUACCUGUCUUUUUCGUGUGUGUGUUUAGAGGUGUUCUAAAUACCCGUGGCAACAGGGCCCGUUUUCUACAUUUUGAGGAGCCCUUAGAAUUUGAAUAUUUCUGUGUUGAGAACAACUGACAAAUAUACAUAUAUGGCCUCCAAUAAUUCUUUUUUUUUCAUAUAUAGUCAAUUCUUAAUGGAUUAUUGUUGUAUCUAGAGUUUGUUUACAUCACAUUUCAUUUGGCGUCUUGUAAAUUGGGAGUUGUGGGGAAAAGAAAGGGGCAUAGUGAAACAACUCACUUUUUGCCAGUGUCCACAGGGCCAUUGACCUGUGCCCAGACUUUGAGGGCUGUCAUGUGACACAGGCUAUUGAAGGACAAGACUGCACAAUACUUAGCAGUGAUGUAAAACCACGUCAUCAUUGUUACCACUGUUUGGGGGGGGAGGGGAGUAUUCUGAACUAUGAAGUUAUUUUGAUUUUUUCAUUAAGCUCUGAGAAAUAAUGUUGUUCCAAGUACAUAGUCUUAGCUCUAUUCUGUUUCUUUCUCUUUGGCUAUGAAGUCACUUAUGAAUUUAUCCUCCACUCUUCCUGUGAUACAUUGGCAUAUUCUGUAUGUAGGCAUAAGCAUCAGAGUAGGGAAUUAGAGCCAGAUGCUGUGGUUUGUUUGCUUCUAUUUCUUUUAUAGACGGUAGUAAAAGUAGCAAUCCUGUCAUGUUGCAUAGUGAAUGCAUAGAGUAGGUCAUUAUCCUUAAUAGGCCCUUCCUCUUUUGAAGACUCCAGUCUCUCUCUCUUUGCAACAAACACGUGCCCAGAUGGGUAUGCCCUUCCAAUACUCAUCCUAGUAGAUCCUGGUUCCUCUUCGCUAUGAGGGUGAGCCAAUCAUUGAAGUGAAUUUGAGCACAUCUUAAAAAUUCUUUGUUUCAGAAGUAUGAACAAAUACAUCGUCAACUCUGUCUUGAAGAAAAGGCGAGCACCAUGUUUCAUGGUAAGGAAGAUGUGGUGAGUGUGUUUGGAGUCAAAACAAUGUCUAUGAAAAUUCACUUCAGUUAUUGACUCUCUUCCAUACAUAAGAAUCAUUUGGAAAACACCAUCUCCUUUUUAAAGUCGUCCAAGUAAUCUUCUGGCCAAAGCAAACACACUGCCCAGUAGGUAAUUCAGGAAUUAUGCAGGCUCCGAUACGAUUGAACCUAGCAUUUGUCACAAACAUAAUAGCUGGGAGUUCCCAUUCAUGGACUCAGUGGAUAAUUAUUUGGAAUGAGGCAUGAAAGCUAGCUGAUGAUAAGAAGAGCUGUGAUUGGCUAGAACUAAUUACCUUCUGCCUAAUAAAAUUAACCGUUCACCAAAGUUGUAUGGCAAACUAUAAUUACACAUUUUGACUAAGACAUUUACCAUGCAACCAAAAAACAAAAAGUCAUUUAUUUGCGAAGGGUGGCAUAGAACUUAUUUCCAGAACUACAUCCAAACAUCUAGGAUCAUUCUGAUAUAGCCCACCCCCACACAGGCUCUGCUAAUGACAUACACUUCAAAUGUGAAUCACUUAACUAAACCUGUUAAGUGUUUCGCUCUCCUUCCUAAAAGGGGAUGUAAAAAGGUAGAGAAGUACAGAUACUGCUGUUCUGCUGGAUGCUACUACAAAAAAUGCAUAUUGAAAUGUAUUUGGAAAUGGUCACAUGACAACUUUUUCAGAAUACUGGAGUAUUCAUGAAUCCUAAGGUGAUUAUGACCACAUCUUGGGUAGUAGGAUUCAUUUUAUCCAGAGAUGAUAAUCUAAGUUGAAAGAUAGCACAUUACAAGAAUAUAGGUACUAUGUAGUAAAUGUUCCAUUUCGAGUGAUUAAGUAUUAGAAUGUAACCACUUAGAGUUGAUGUGGAUUAUGAAUUUGAAGAAACAUUGAAUGGAGAGAUUUUUUUAAAGGAAUAUUAUUUUUAUUUUAAGUUGCUUCCCUAAGGUACAUCAAGUCUGUCAACUAGGAUUUUGCAUUGUUCACGUAAGAAUCAUAUAAGUACAAUUCAACAAGGAUGAUUAUUUUUCAGUACUCUGUCAAAAGAAUCCAGUAGUUAGAUUCACCAGUGUACUCUUUAGAAAGAUAUCUGCCUACCAUUCUGGGCUGUAUCACUUGGUCCCUUUAAAUCAUGAAAACCACAUUUUAAAAAUAGUCUUAAAUUUUAGAAGUAUUUUAGAAUUUGACUUUUUUUAAGGUAUUAUUUUGCUGAUGACAAAUAGUGUCAGAUAAUAUGCCCCAUGUGAAAAAUAUUUCCAGCAUCUCCUUAGUUAGCUAUAUUCAUCACACACCUUUCACCUAAUUCUCUGCCUCUUUAGGUUUCUCUCCAAGAAGAUUUGGCUGUAAAAAGGCCCAAACCAGUAUCAAAUACCAAAAUAAUUUUCUCAUUUCCCUGACCUCUGCAUAUCUCCUUUUGAUAUCAGCAGGGAGAAAAGAAAAUUCCACCAAUAUCUCCAGAUAUUUUGACCCUGGGGAAAUUGUCAUGAAUCUUAAGUGAACAGGGAAGUUGAAUUCAUCUUCAUCAGCAUCAUCAGUUCACAUUUAUUAAGUAACUGUUUUGCAGAGGAGAUAUAAAGACAGCCAAAACCCAAUUCUCAUAGUUGAGGAAUUUGUAACCUAGUUGGGGACCUAGGGCAUACCCGUAAGAAGCUAAGCAACCACCCAAAGUUAACAUGGUAGGUAAGUGCCAAAUGAAUGGUUAAAAAAAAUCCUUGGUUUCUCAAGGUUGUGGAGUUGAGAACUCCCAACCGUUUUUUUUUUAAAGAUUAUUGUCAAUGAAUUUCCCAUUAACAAUGUGUUGAUUUGGGGGGAAAGGAGGAUGGAGCUCCCUAUUGCCCAUGCACCCUUCAAAAAACAGGAUCCAAUUCUAGUAUCCAACCUCACCUUACCACUUUAUAACCCACAAAACUUACUGAUGUAUGAAAGGUCCCCGCUGACAAAAUUGAAUGGGUUUUUUUUUAAUCAUUUUGCCUAAGAAUACCAUGGCAGAUAACAGAGGCUAUUUAAAGAUUUUUUAAAUGGGGGCUAAUCAUGGGAGUGGGAGAGAAAGGUUCAUGAUAUAUAACCCGAGAAUCUAAGUUUUUAAUAGCUUUGUUUGGUUUAUGCAUGUAAAUCAGUGCCAUUCUAAGGCUAUACCUAUAUAUAGCACAUUCCCUUAAGCCAGAAGUGAUUCAGGUCAACAAGUUGGAACAGAUUUAUUACUCUCCGGUUGAAACUCAUGAUAAUAUUUAAUUCAACGUUUAAGUGUCUCAUUAAGUACAAAGCAACCAUGAAGGAACUUCACUUAAAACCUUCAUCUGUUACUUCCUCCAGUCAUGUAAGUAACCCUGGGCUCUUGAAGGCUGGGCCAGCUAAGUUCAAAUUCUGUCAGGUUCAACCAAGCUUGAAAGGCUCAGACCACAGACCUGAUGAAGAUUCUUCUGAUGGCUGGUCUAGUUAAAUAAAGUGUGAUUCAUCACCAGAAGGGUGGACCAGACUGUGAGGAGUUUUGCUCCCACCACAGCAGCUCGUGAACACCUCUACAAAGGAAAGGCUGCAGUCUGCAUUAGGAGAUAGCUUAAUGACGAAAUUACAGACUUUUUGAAGUAUGUACAAAGGGAAGCAGAAAGAUGUUAUGGAAAGAGUAUUAAGAGGCUAAGGAUCCGAGUUCAAAUACUGCCCAGGCUUACUUUCAAGCAGAUCACUCAAUCUCCUUGGGCCUCAAUUGCUUCCUCUCUAAAAUGAGGUUGGACUAGAUAACCUCUAAGUUCUCUUCUAGCUCUUGAUCUGUAAUCCUCCUGUGCUGAUGGGAAUACAAUUUUUUAUUGUUGCCCUGCAUGUCUUCAAGUUAGCCCAUGAAUUACUCAAAAGAAAAGAAAGUCACUUAGAAAGCAGAGGCUUACUCUGUGGGAAAACUUGCCCAGGAUUGUCCUCCCACUAACACUGAAGGGCUGCAAUCAGCACCUUCAUCAUCACCACCACCAUCACCACCAUCAUCAUCAGCAUGCUUAUCCUUUGCUGGGAUCUCAUCCCCAAGCAUAUGAUGAACAACACCCAACAGGAAGAGGCACUACCGUUCAGGCAUUAACCAAACAGCCCUUGGGAGUUAACUUCUAUUGAGCACCAACUGUCUGCACCCAGAAUGCCUAAUGGGGCCCAUAUAUGGUCCUUGCUGUAGCUAAUCUAGGUCACUAAAUGAGGCAAAAUAAUAUCAGAAGGGGCAGGCAAAGUAACUCAGGAAAGACAACAGAGUGCCAAAAUCCAAACUUUCAGUAGAUCACCAAAACGAAGGAAUAUGCUUCAUUUCCUUUGCCUCAUCUGUUCCAUUCUCUCAUCCCACCAUUUUGUUCUUCCUCUUUCCAAAAUUAGAAACCACUCUUAACAUGCCUAUGUCCAAAUGGACAAGUUAAGCCCUAUUAUCCCCACAAAAGAUUUGGAUUCUAAUUGGAACCUUUUUUUAGGUUGUCCCACCCCUUCUUCAGAGACAUAGCAUUUUCCCAAAUGAAUGCAAUAAUCUGGAAAUUUAAUUGGGUGUUUUUGGUUAGUAGAUUGCAAGUAUACUAGCAACCAGGAAGUUUGUACCAGAUAAAAGCAAACCGUCCAACAGGAACUCAAGUGGCCCCUCAUCCUAACUCUUAAAAACCUUUCCAUGAAAUGUGGAACAAAGCAGAAGGAUAUAUUCCACUGGCUUGGGAUACCAAUAUCACUUAAAUAUCAUUUUCAGUAUUGAAGGCAGCUUUCACACUACCUUCGUCUGGCCCAGCCAAAGGAAGACUGAGAGAAUCCAAAUACCAGCUUCUUCUCUUGUCACCAAUGUGCUGUAUGACCUUGGCCAAGUCUCCAUUCCCAUUUUUGUUUUGUUUUUUAGCUAGAGCAGAUUUUUACCUACCUCCCAAGGGAAUUGUGAGGUGUCCUUGCAUUUUGACUACAAGGCUUUUACAAAUUUCUAGUUAGAGUGCAGGAUAGGCCAAGUGGGAGGCAGCCUCCUCCUUCUCUGGUGAUAGGUCAAAUGGCAACUGAUGGGACAUGGCUAAGCAUCUGCUGAAUAUUGACUCCAAUAAAGAGCACCUGGGCAAAGCUGAGACCGUGCCAAGAUGUCCUCCACAUGAGAGCCAAGGAAUCUUCUAUGAGGUGAAUAAGGCCCUUAACUGAAAACCCAGGCUAGGACUGCUGCUGCUUAUCUUCCCCACUCGUGCCAGGGUCCCUCACUUUAUAUUUGGCUGUCCUGACAUACAACUUUCAGAAGAAUCUAUAUGAAAUAAUGCAACAUUUUAGCUUAGCCUGGAGCCUCUCUGACAUGCAGGGUUAUUUCCAACCAUGCUUGGUAUAUUGCUUUCACAGCCACAGCUAUCUAAGCCGUAUGGAAUUUCAAAACUUUUUAACCAACCAAGCCUGAAGAAAGGGUGCUGACCAUUACUCUUACUUGUCACAGACUGCCAAAGAAUGUGGUAUUUCCAGUUUGACACUUAGGUAAAAGUUCCCCUUAGAAGCGAAUCCACUCAGCUCAUCUACAUCUCAAAACUGACAAAAUCUCAGUUAACCAAUAGAUUACCCAGAAUCUAGCUCUGAGAAAACAGAGAUCUCUUUUCUCAGUUCUACCAAGGUUUCAGCUCAAAGUAUCAUCAUUCCCAAGUUCCAUUUGAUUAGGAAGAUUUUUUUCAUUUUAUUAUUUUGUAAUGAGCAUGGUGACAGCAGGGGUUACAGUUUUGGAAAGCUGAGAAAUUCUAGUUCUGAAAAAAAAGGCAGGCAAUUGAGGGGUUCCAUCCUAGUGAAAUAGCACACAAUUGCACCCUCUAAAAGCAACAGCAUGUAAACUAGAAGGAAAGAAGGACAUUAUGUAUGUUAUAUUAUGCCUGAUAUUCUUUGUGAAUGUCUUUCAUUUUAACUAAGAUUCUAAUAGAAACCAGAUUGAUAAAUAAAAAAUUCAA